GGAGUAUAUUCAUCGAAAAUGUGACUCCACCUUGGUUGGGAUCGAACCAUCAACCUACCGAUUACAUGUAGAGAUAUCGUCGAAGGGUCAAUUUCUCCUGCCCAUAUGAGAGAGUGUUCUCGGCAUGGAAUUGAAGGAUCGUCGACACAUUGCAUCUGCUCAGAUGACAUCAACAAAGGGCCAAAUAUUUGCAGACUUGUGCAAGCGGUUGGCUUGUAUGAUGAGGCGAGGAUAUCCGACGAAGCUUUCACCGCAAGUUCGGCGAAGAAUGAAAGAUUUAAGAGAACCUUCGACGCACGUCUUAACGGCCCUGGCGCUUGGGUGAGCGAUAACUUGAACUCUUGUGACAUACAAUGGCUGCAAAUAGACCUUUCUGUCCUCCAUAUUCUUCAUCGCAUCGGCACUCAGGGUUGUAAAUCGUGCACACAGGAAAAAUGGGUAUCAAAAUACGUCGUUCGCCAUUCUAGAGAUGGCAACUAUUGGUGUUUCUUCGAAAACUAUGGGGCUAGGAACAAAGAAAAGGUAUUCGAUGGUAACUUCGAUACAGACUCGAUUGUACGCAACGAUUUUCGCCCUCCCCUCGUUGCCCGAAUGAUACGUAUAUAUCCCAUAGUUCCGUAUGAUGCUUCAGGAAAGUACAGGAGUGCGCUGAGGGUAGAGUUGUACGGCUGUAAGCAAAUGCCUGUCGGGAAACAAGCUCCACCGAGAAGUGUUUCACCAUUUUCCUAACUGGAUUCCAACUUGCACAUAAUCUGAAGACGUUUGGAUUGUUGAAUGUUUGAUGGAAUUACAUUACUCGUUAUAUUGUAUGCAUUCUAGCCAGAGAAAAU